ACAGAAAUAGUGCUAAUCGACCAGCGGAGAAUAUUGUAUGAUAGAUGUUUACGAUCCUCAUAGGUUGCAUUAGUCUAUCCUGUCAAUGUUUGUUCGUGUGGAGAGAGAUACUCUAGAUGACGUCGUGUAUGCUUUAAUGCGGAAUAUUUGAUGAGAUCAAAUAAUUUUUUAACUUUCAACCCACUAUAACUCAAACACUCAAAAUGGCUGACCGUGAACAAGAGCAGAUCGAUCAAGAGGAGUUCCAACCUGGACAAAACGAGCAAGCUCAAGAGCAAAAUGACUCAAUCGAUCAAAACCAGCUACAAAGCGGUGCAUCCGUAGAACCCGAAGCUCAAGACUUAAGCAAAGAUAACAUCAUCGAUGACAGCAAAGGUCCAGGAGGUCGUUCUUUGCGAGCCAACCGCGGCGACCCAACUUCAGCUGACAAAGACAUUGACGCUGCUGUCGAUAGCGCCGAACAAGCUGAGGCUUGAUUGUUCCCCUCACAUCAUUUUUCAAGCAUGAUAUACACGGAGCUUCAAUUUUGAUACC